AAGUGACGCUAUUUGAGCUCCGUGUUUAUAAAUUGUCCGUUAACGGAGUGAUCCAUAGAGAUCUAUGGUGAGAUCACUGUUCGGUGUUGAAUGGGACCGAAGCUAUGUAAUUAUUGCUGUUGGUAACUAUCAGGUAUGAACAGGAAACGGGCUCUGAUUUCAGACACUUUUAAAGUGAAGAAAAGAAGAACUGAAACACAGAAGUUUGGUGCUGUCAAAGAUGGAGAUGGACCAACAGACAUCAGAUCUACACUUGAGUACCUCAUCACGUUGUUCCCCAGGAAGCUCUUCAACGACGCCUUACCUCAAAUAGUCCUGAAGCACCAACUCUACAGCGUCCACAAGGACAAGACUCUGGUAGACAAGGAGCUGAAUAAACUGCGUGAACGAGGAGAGCUGCUGAUGUUCCAGCUGGGCUUUGAUGCCGACGCCUUCGGUUUGGUGUUUGCUUCAGAUUAUAAAGCCAAAGUUCUGUCAGGAGAGGAGGGACGGCCGACACACGCCACCGUGGAGAAGUUCUUUGAGAAGUUGCCAUGUCCCUGUACAGAACUGAGCUUCAGCAAAGACAAGAUGAUCAAAGAGUUCUUCUUCACCGACUCUGAGAUAACGCAGCUGGUGAAGUCGGGGGUCCUGACUGUGAGGGAUGCCGGCAGCUGGUGGCUCGCCAUCCCAAACUCUGGGAAGUUCACCAAGUACUUAAUACAAGGUCGUAAAGCCGUGCUCGGCAUGGUGAAGAAGGCCAAAUAUAGCGAAGUGUUAAAGGCCGAGCUGGAGGAGCGGAGAACUACCGCACACGUGAAGUUCCACAUGAAAUACCACAUUCAUGACAUUGUUGGUGCAGAGCUGGUAGAGAGCAUACCGACAACUUCAGGGACGUUGCUGCGAUGUGUCGAUUCCUGAUGACGAGAGAAAUUUGGAGAUUUGGUCAAAGACGAGUGAAUGAAAAUGACAGAGUUACUGACUUACAGAGAUUGUCAAGUGCUUGUAGGAGGACUGUAAGUCAAUUAAUUUAAGGUUUCAGAAUUUGAUUUGAUUUCUGUGCCAAAUGCAUUAUAAAAACCUUGUGGGUUUAUGAAUUGUCAAUUAUGUUGGCAUGACCUUGUCAGGUUCUCAUUUAUCUUGUAAUAAAAAUGUUUUUUCUCCUGA